AAAAAAAAAUUCUUACUUUUGUUCGGAAAAAAAAGAUUUAAGUUGAAAAAAUGUCCAUUGUUCCGCUAUUAAACUUGGCCCGCGAGUUGGACCAUGACUACCGUGGUGCCUUCAAUGAUUGGGAUCACUUCCUGGAGGAUGAUUUCGGAUUCGGCGUUCAUGCCCACGAUCUUUUCCAUCGUCCGCGUCUGAUGCUGCCCCACGGCUCCAUUGGUCGUCGCCGUUAUUUGCCGUACGAGAGGAACCAUCAUGGUCAUCAUCAUGGCCACCAGCUGGUGCCACGUCGCCAGUCGGGGGGACCGAACUCCCUGCUGCCGGCUGUGGGAAAAGAUGGCUUCCAGGUCUGCAUGGACGUGUCUCAGUUCAAGCCCAAUGAGUUGACCGUGAAAGUGGUGGACAAGACCGUCGUGGUUGAGGGAAAGCACGAGGAGCGCGAGGACGGACACGGCCUGAUCCAGCGCCACUUUGUGCGCAAGUACACACUGCCCAAGGACUUUGACCCCAACGAGGUGGUCUCCACCGUCUCCUCCGAUGGUGUGCUGACCCUGAAGGCCCCACCGCCGCCCAGCAAGGAGCAGGCCAAGCCUGAGCGCAUUGUUCAGAUCCAGCAAACUGGUCCGGCCCACCUCAGUGUCAAGGCCCCGGAGGCAGCUGAUGGCAAGGCUGACGGCAAGGCCGAGAACGGAGCCGGUGAGAAGAUGGAGACUGGCAAGUAAGAACGUGGAGACUUCGCUGGCGAAGAAGAAAGCAUAGAGGUGGAGAGAGGAGGAGGAGUGUUGCAGCGCUGCUCGGAGAGCGCAAGACUAAAAAGGAUGCUCUUAGCAGCAGACCCCCAAAAAAACUAAAAAAAAAAAACAAACACCAUUGUAUUACUCACACACACACACAUUCACAUCAUCACAUUUUAGUCUUAAGAACUCUUAAAAUCAUUUAUCAUGAAAAAAAAGAAAACUACUAGUAGUAGUCUGUUAGAUUAGGCUAUAUGGAAAUUCGGAGAAUGCGAUUUUCCAAUUCAUUUUAUACUUUUGUUACAAGAACAGCCGCAACACUCGGGAGUAUUUUGCAUUUAAUUUGUGAGCAA